AUUCACACAGGCACACACAUGCUCAGACACACAAGGACGAGAUAGAUUUGUAUCACUCUCUUCUACUCUCUCUCCACUACGUCUCUUCAGCGAUUCCCUGCUUCGUGCAGUCUCAGAGGUCACAGAUCAGAGGUCAGGUCACCAUGGUAACAAUGAGCUGGAUGUUGCUGUUGUGUGUGCUGGCAGAGGGGUAUGGGUCAGAGGUCGGAGUUCAGGAGGGGUGCGGCCAUUGGAUGGGAGGUGUUCCUGGGACUCCUGGUCUGGACGGGCAGGAUGGGAGAGAUGGGAGAGAGGGACGCCAGGGAGAGACAGGAGACACUGGACUUCCAGGUGUGCGAGGUGAGAGGGGAGAGGUGGGGGAAGUUGGGGAGGACGGAUUCCAGGGACGACGGGGUUUCCCGGGGGCCCCAGGGCUGCAGGGGCAGAGGGGCGAGAGUUCCUUCCUGUAUCGCUCUGCCUUCAGCGUGGGACUAACCACACCCACUACCACGACAGACACACCCCUUCACUUCACCAAGAUCUUCUACAACGAACAGCAUCACUAUGAUGACAUCUCAGGGAAGUUCCGCUGUUUUAUCCCCGGAGUGUACUACUUCACCUUCCACCUCACUGUACAGGGUCAGGGGUGUAAGGUGGGGCUGUACCGUAACGGCCGUGUCAUGUCGCUGACUCUGGACCAGUUCCUGACCUCUGACCUGGACCAGUCCUCUGGAGGGGCGGUCCUAAACCUCUCAUCUGGAGACCAGGUAUGGCUGCAGGUGUAUGGUGCGGAACAGGAAGAAGUUGGAAUUUACGCUGACAUCAACAACGACUCCACCUUUACUGGCUUUCUGAUUCAGCCACGCCUACCUAGCAGCCCAUUGGACAACCGCCGACGCUGACUUCCUGCUUUAGCUGUGCCUACCCGGCAGCCGAUUGGACAAUCUGCUCCACCAUACCUACUUACAGCAGCAGCUGCUUGUUUUCCAUCACAUCCCUUUUCCCCCCACCUCUCUCCCUAUCCCCCACCUCUACCUAUCCCCACCUCUCUCCUUAUCCCCCACCACUCUCCUUAUCCCCCACCUCUCUCCCUAUCCCCUACCUCUCUCCUUAUCCCCCACCUCUCUCCUCUCUUCCUAACCCCCACCUUUCCCUAUCCCCCACCUCUACCUAUUCCCCACCUCUACCUAUCCCCCACUUCUACCUAUCCCCCACCUUUCCCUAUCCCCCACCUCUCUCCUAAUCCCCCACCUCUCUCCUUAUCCCCCACCUCUACCUAUCCCCCACCUCUACCUAUCCCCCACCUCUCUCCCUAUCCCCACCUUCUCUCCCUAUCCCCACCUUCUCUCCCUAUCCCCCACCUCUGCCUAUCCCCCACCUCUCUCCCUAUCCACCAGCUCUCUCCCUAUCCCCCACCUCUCUCCUUAAUCCCCACCUUUCUCCCUAACCCCCACCUUUCCCUAUCCCCCACCUCUACCUAUUCCCCACCUCUACCUAUCCCCCACCUCUCUCCCUAUCCCCCACCUUUCCCUAACCCCGACCUCUAUCUAUCCCCCACCUCUCUCCCUAACCCCCACCUUUCCCUAUUCCCCACCUCUACUUCUCUCCCUAUCCCCCACCUCUAUUCCUAUCCCCCACCUCUCUCCCUAUCCCCCAACUCUCUCCCUAUCCCCCACCUCCCCCACCUCUAUCCCUAUCCCCCACCUCUCCCUAACCCCCACCUCUAUCUAUCCCACACCUCUCUCCCUAUCCCCAAUCUCUACCUAUCCCCCUCCUCUCUCCCUAUCCCCCACCUCUCACCCUAACCCCCACCUUUCCCUAUCCCCCACAUCUACCUAUUCCCCACCUCUACCUAUCCCCCACUUCUACCUAUCCCCCACCUCUACCUAUCCCCCACCUCUACUAUCCCCCACUUCUACCUAUCCCCCACCUCCUUCCUAUCCCCCACUUCUACCUAUCCCCCACCUCUCCCUAUCCCCCACUUCUACCUAUCCCCCACCUCUCUCCCUAAUCCCCACCUUUCUCCCUAACCCCCACCUUUCACCCUAACCCCCACCUCUCUUCCUAACCCCCACCUUUCCCUAUCCCCCACCUCUACCUAUUCCCCACCUCUACCUAUCCCCCACCUCUCUCCCUAUCCCCCACCUUUCCCUAACCCCGACCUCUAUCUAUCCCCCACCUCUCUCCCUAACCCCCACCUUUCCCUAUUCCCCACCUUUACUUCUCUCCCUAUCCCCCACCUCUAUCCCUAUCCCCCACCUCUCUCCCUAUCCCCCAACUCUCUCCCUAUCCCCCACCUCCCCCACCUCUAUCCCUAUCCCCCACCUCUCCCUAACCCCCACCUCUAUCUAUCCCACACCUCUCUCCCUAUACCCAAUCUCUACCUAUCCCCCUCCUCUCUCCCUAUCCCCCACCUCUCUCCCUAACCCCCACCUUUCCCUAUCCCCCACAUCUACCUAUUCCCCACCUCUACCUAUCCCCCACCUCUCUCCCUAUCCCCCACCUCUACCUAUCCCCCACCUCUCUCGCUAACCACCACCUCUACCGAUCCCCCUCCUCUCCCCCUAUCCCACAGCUCUAUACCUAUCCCCCACCUCUACUAUCCCCCACUUCUACCUAUCCCCCACCUCUACCUAUCCCCCACUUCUACCUAUCCCCCACCUCUACUAUCCCCCACUUCUACCUAUCCCCCACCUCUACCUAUCCCCCACCUCUACCUAUCCCCCACUUCUACCUAUCCCCCACCUCUACUAUCCCCACCUCUACCUAUCCCCCACCUCUCUACCUAUCACCCACCUCUACUAUCCCCCACCACCACCUAUCCCCCACCUCUCUACCUAUCACCCACCUCUACUAUCCCCCACCUCUACUAUCCCCACCUCUACCUAUCCCCCACCUCUCUACCUAUCACCCACCUCUACUAUCCCCCACGACCACCUAUCCCCCACCUCUACCAUCUCUACCUAUCCCCCACGACCACCUAUCCCCCACCUCUACCAUCUCUACCUAUCCCCCACGACCACCUAUCCCCCACCUCUACCAUCUCUACCUAUCCCCCACGACCACCUAUCCCCCACCUCUACCAUCUCUACCUAUCCCCCACGACCACCUAUCCCCCACCUCUACCAUCUCUACCUAUCCCCCACGACCACCUAUCCCCCACCUCUACCAUCUCUACCUAUCCCCCACGACCACCUAUCCCCCACCUCUACCAUCUCUACCUAUCCCCCACGACCACCUAUCCCCCACCUCUACCAUCUCUACCUAUCCCCCACGACCACCUAUCCCCCACCUCUACCAUCUCUACCUAUCCCCUGUUCUCUGAGAUACGCUGUAUUAAAUACUAAAAGUAAAAGUCCUCUCUCUCUCUAUUUUCCCCCCUCUCUUUCUCACUCUGUUUCCUUUCUCUUUCCCUCCCUUCCCCUGUAUGUCCAAUCCAGACUCUCCUCUCCUCCUGUCCCUGAGUGUGUACAGCUGGCCUCCAGCCAAAAGGGCCAGUGUGUGUGUAGCUGUAAUCUAUAUUUAUAAUCAUCUUAGUUCUGUAAUGAUAAAGGUCACCUGCCACAGGCUGUCACAUACACAUGAACAUGCACACACAAAAAGAGAAGCUGUGUGAGUGGGUUUACUCUGGGCUCACAGCUGUUGUUACUGAGUCAGAGUGCUCUUGGAUCAAUAAAGUUGUAUUGAUGUUUCAAA